UAUAAUAUCUCUGAUAAUCUCCUCUAGUGGACUCUAAUAAGGCAGGCGAUGGUGAGGAGCGCUUCUCCGCCGCUGCGCCUCCUCCUUCCCCCCUUGUUCCAGUUCCCGGCGCUCGAGCAGUUUGUUCAAUCCCAAUCCUCGUUGGUCUGCAGGAGUCACAAAAGGAAGAUGAGUGCAAUGGCUCAGCCUAUCCCAGGAAAGUUCGUACCUUUGGAAAGUAGCCAACAUACAGAAGAGACCUCUUCUUCUGACGGUUUCAAAUUCCGCCUUGUCUCAUACAACAUACUGGCCCAGGUUUAUGUGAAGAGUGCCUAUUUCCCCCACUCUCCAUCAUCCUGUCUCAAGUGGAAAGCUCGUUCACAGGCCGUUUUAACAGAACUUAGAAAUUUCGGUGCUGACAUCCUUUGCAUACAGGAGUUAGAUGAAUAUGAAAGUUUUUACAAGAAAAAUAUGGAAACCCUUGGCUACUCAAGUGCUUAUAUCCAAAGGACAGGAGAAAAACGUGAUGGAUGUGGGAUCUUUUACAAGCCAAGCAGUGCAGAAUUAAUCCUGAAGGAGGAAAUACAUUAUAAUGAUCUUGUAAACUCUGUGGAUAUAGCUGAAAAAGGCAACAAUAGCACGGCAGAGACUUGCACAGUAUUAGCAGAAAAGAAAAGUAAUGGUGGGCAUGGAGAUCCAAAUGAUCCACGAGUGAGAUUGAAGCGAAACUGUGUUGGUUUACUGACAGCUUUUAAGCUUAGUGACUCCUAUCCCCCUAUUGUUGUGGCAAACACACAUAUUUACUGGGACCCAGACUGGAUUGACAUAAAGCUUGCGCAGGCAAAAUAUCUUCUAUCAAGACUUUCGCAGUUUAGAGAACAUGUUUCAAGUAAAUUUAGUUGUAUACCUCCAGUGAUUGUUGCGGGCGAUUUUAAUUCCACUCCGGGAGACGAGGUCUAUAAUUACAUUGUGUCAUCCGGUGAAGCUCCUAUCAAGUUGUACAGCCUAUAUGCAGCAAAUGGUGGAGAGCCGCCAUUUACAAAUUGCACACCGGAUUUUACCGGUACGCUGGACUAUAUUUUCUUAUCUGAUGGCAGCAGAUUGAAGCCUUUGAGUCUACUUGAUAUUCCAGGGCCUGAUUCAACUGACGUUAUUGGUGGGCUGCCUAACCACCAGCACCCAAGUGAUCACCUACCCAUCGGUGCAGAUUUUAACGUUCUUAGAACAGCGUGAGUAUCGACAUGAGGAGGUGCAGGGGAAAGAUUUGGAUUCCUUGGUGCCGCAACUUCUUUCCAUCUUAAUCCACCUGGAGAUGACAGCAGAUGAUGAUCUGCGCCGCUUCUCUGGCUUGCCAAGCUCUUCGACCAAAGAGAAACAAAGCCUUCUGAUUGGGGAGAUGUGUUUUAUUUUUUGGUUAUUUAUUCGCUGUUAAUGUCAGACUCGAAAUUAAUAAUAAUAAUUCCAAUAAAGCCGCCCGCGUGAGACAUUUGCACGCGGCCGAACAUUGGACACAGACAAAAGAUGAAGUUAUCUCUAGUAUUAAAAAGUUAAUGAAUGGGACCCUUGAUGCAA